AUGUUCAUUCUUGGCGAUGAGGCCAGGGAAGAGGCCAAGAGGUCUAUAAAGGGUUUAGCAGCUCAUGCAAAAUCCGCCGAUGAGCACCAUCACGACGCUUUGUACCUAGUGCUCAACACUAAGAUCCAUCUCGUGAAGGAAAAUGACCAAACGCCCAGAAUCAUUCCCUUGACUCACAAAUUGCAUGAUAUAGAUGAGAGACGGAUGUGUCUUAUAACAAACGAUCCUGUCAACUUCUAUAAGGACGAGCUACAAAAGAAAGAUCUGCCUACUGAGGACCUCUUCCGUCAGAUCAUCUCCUUCACCAAAGCUAAACUGUUUGGGCAUAGCAAAAAAGCUCUCAUCAGGCUAUUCAAAGAGAACGAUUUGAUCCUUGCAGACGCUCGUAUUCACAAGAAGUUGCCAGACGUUCUAGGGCCCCAAUUCUACGCAAGAAACAAGAAAGUUCCCUUCGUUGUCCAGAUGGCCAAGCCAGAGCCUGGCCUCAGAACCCACGGAAAGAGAGAGCAGCGAGUUGAUCCCAAGUACGUGAGAAGUCAGGUUAAGGCCAUCACAGGAAAUACCUACUAUAUUCCUCCCGCAGGAGGAUUUUGCAUCCAUAUAGUUGUCGGCUUCACGGACUGGAAAACCCUGGAGAUUCUCCGAAACAUUAACGACGUCAUUCUGUACCUUGUCGACGAAAACAACUUGCACAGUGUUCUUUUACGGACGAGUGACAGCAUAGCCAUGCCGGUUUUGAAGAAGAAAGCCGACGAUGCCGAGGAAGACGAUUCGGGUAGCGAAUUUGACUUUGAAUAA